CUUCCAUACCGCGUCCGUUGGCAAGAUCUGAAGGACCUCUUCCGAAAAGCCGGAACUGUUCUCCGUGCAGACGUGUCGCUUGGGCCUGAUAAUCGCUCCCGCGGGUACGGUACCGUCCUGCUUGCGACCGCUGAGGAUGCAGGACGUGCCGUCGACAUGUUCAAUGGCUACUCGUGGCAGACCCGCGUGCUUGAGGUCCGCCUCGACCGCCUGCCGCCCGACCUCGACAACCCGCCCGGAUCCGGCUUUACUGGCUCUGCUACCGCUGCCACGCUCGCGAACGCCAGCCUCGGCAGCAUCAUGGCCAACAGCAACGCGGCGGCUGGCGGAUGGGGGGCAAUGAGCCGGAAUUUGUUCGUUGGCAAUCUUCCCUUCCACUGCCAAUGGCAAGACCUAAAAGACCUCUUCAGGCAGGCGGGGACUAUCCUCCGUGCCGACGUCGCCCUCGGACAGGACGGCCGUUCGCGCGGAUUCGGCACCGUCGUGUUCGCGACGGACACUGAUGCUGAGCGUGCGGUGCAGAUGUUCAACGGGUACGAGUACAACGGGAGACCGCUCAAGGUGCACUUCGACAAG